UCUCCCUCUCUUUCUCGCUCGUUUUCUCUCUCUCUCUCUCUUUCUCUGUCUCUCUCUCUUCCCCCGUUUUCUUCACUCACUCGCAAUCUGUGAUCUUCACCGAUUUCUCGCUCGGUGGAGACCGCGAAAAUUCGAAAAAAAGCACACGCGCGCGCGUGAUCGACGGAGGCAUCGUUCGAUCGCGCAAAUCAAUCUCGGGGGGUGGAGUCGUCGGCGGUUCCGAUCUACGAGCGCGAAGUGUCUCAUUAAUUGAGAGGCCUCCGUCGCUUCUCGAUCUUGUCGCCGAGCGGCGCGCGGAAGGAAGCGGAUAAGAUCCGACUGUUCACACUCCGCGAUACUACUGGGAAACGGAACUGGCGGAGCGUUCGCGGGAAAAUCACUCGCCAGAAUUCGAACGCUUUUUUUUUUGGCGGGGAAAGUGUCCAAGUGUCAGUGAUUGCGGGUGAAAUUUCGAUCGAUAUAGUGUGCGGAAAUACUGUGGGGCGAUUGACACGAAGUAUAUUCGGCGGUAGUGAUAAGAAUCAGAAGAUAUACAUAUAUAUUCGCGAACUUUUCAACGAGAUUCUUCUUGUGCUCGAAUAUAUCAGUUUUAAGGGUGUGUGCAGUUAGUAAUAACACACACGUUGAGAACGCGAUACGAAGAAUUGCUCUUUGUAUUCGCCGUGACAUAUCCUAGAUUUUUACACGUGACGUAACAUUUAAGAGGAUCUUGACCGUAAUUGUACAGUAGUUUUCGGCCAAGUCUUUUAAUCUCUCACCUGGCCUGCAUAGAGCAGGUUGUCACGACGCCAUUGCGUCGUCCCUCAGAAAAGAGGUCUUUUGCGAAUCCAAGUACCGUCCAGAUCUGCGCAAUCUAUUUACGUGCUGCAUAAAAUCUCAUAUAUAAAAUCAAUUCCUGUAUUAACAAAACUCCGGCGAAACAGAAUCAAAACUUCGGGAAUCGAGAUCAGGAUCGGAGAAGACGUCGCGAAAAAGCUAGUAUGCACUAACGACAAGUCGAAGCACAUAGCUUCCGACAGAUUUGCUUGAAAGGUCUGAGUCUUUUCUAAGUGAUCGCAGAAAAUUGUUUUUCAUUGUCGACUGCGUUGAGACCGAGAAGAAUUUCAUCGGAACUUGGGAUCUCGAGUUUGCCGCUCACGUGGCGAAGCGGAUCGUUGUCCGGACAUCUCGUCCGAGUAAUUUAUACCUCGACGUCGGAAUAUUCGACCAGGAAAGUGGUCAGAACGCAACAAACGACGGUGACGAGUUGCCCGGGUGGUGGCGGAGGUGGAGGUGGCGGUGGUGCUGGCGACGGAGGUGGCGGCGGCGGUGACCAGGAGACGCUCACGUAUGCGACCGCGGUCAACGCGGUAGAAGAAGUAGAAGUUGAGGUCGACGAGGUUAAGAUGGAAGCCGAGGACCAUCUGGCGAGGGAGUAUGUGCAGGAGUUCGUUCUCGAUCAUCUGGACCCCGCCGACGUCAAGCGAGAGGUUCGAAUGAGUUCGCCGACGGUGAUGGUGAACGGCAGCGUGGUGCAACUUCCGAGUCAGGUGCAGCCGCAGGGUCUGACCCUUGCGCCGUUGACGCCGCCCGCGCACGAGCUGGAACAACCGCAUCCCUUGUACGGUCAGCCGCACAUUCAGGUGCAGCAUGGUGUUCUGGUGAAGGCACCGCCGGGCGCCGCGGCGCACCUCACCACGCUCUCUCAUCCCGGCACACCGCCGGACACGCCGCCGGUCUCGGCGUCGCCGCCACCUUUGCAGCUGCACCGGGGCGACCGAGAUCUCCGGGAUGCGCGCGAUCCUCGCGACCGCGGUGGCAUACUGCUGCAGCUGCAACAACCGUCGGCGCUCGUGCAGGAAGAGAUGCAGGUCAACACGGGGAUGGGAUGGCUGACGCAGUCGCUGCGACAGGAGCCGCUGGAUCUGAGGCCUCACUGUCCUCAGGAACCAAACCACGAGCCCCAUCACGAGUCCUGGUCGGCCCCGACGUCGCAUCAUCCCUUUCAGGAGCUGCAGCAUCCGUCGCGACUCACCAGGCACACAGGUGGAUAUUUGGCGAUGUCGAGUCACAUAGAGUAUUAUCCGAGUGCAGGCGGAGGUAUGCUUCCCGCGGGCGGGGGUGUGAUGCAGGGAAUGGAGGACAGCAUGCAGGGAAUCCCGAUGCAACCGGGCAGACCGUUGAGCGUGUGCUCCGUGAGCUCCUGCGGCGCCGGCGGGCCCAGCCCGGGCCAUCGUACGAACAACGGCCACCUGUACUCCAAUUGUAACGGCUCGACUCCGCAGGAGGAGCUGAUGAACGACGAACUCCUUAUGUCGCUCUCGGUGCGUGAGCUCAAUAAGCGUCUGCAUGGUUGCCCGCGAGAAGAGGUCGUGCGACUGAAGCAGAAACGACGAACGCUGAAGAACCGCGGCUACGCGCAGAACUGCCGCAGCAAGCGGCUGCAGCAACGCCACGAUCUCGAGACCACCAAUCGGAAUCUGCAGUGCGAGCUGAAUCGUCUGAAAGUCGAGGCGGCGCGGUAUCAACAGGAGCGCGAUCUCUACAAACAGAGAUACGAGAUGUUGAGAGCACGGCAGAAUCAUCACAAUCACAACAAUAAUCAUCAACAGCAGACGUCGCAGCAACAACAACAGCCGCAGCCGCAGCAACAACAACAGCAACAACAGCAACCACAUCAGACUCAAAAUCAACAACAGCAUCCGCAGCAGCAGCAGCAGCAGCAACAGCAGCAGCAGCAACAUCAACCGGCACCCGCGAGUCCUGAAGUCUAUCUGUGACAACGACAGCGCCGAGGAGGCGCUUGUUGGACCUGAGGAGUCAUCAUUCGCUUCGUCGAUGGAUUCUUCGAUUAGUUUUUCAGAUAUGAUACAUUGCUCGGAAGGCGUGCCAGGCGCAAAAGGCAGCAGUAGGACUUCAACUUCCCUCUCACAUCGAUUUCUUCUUCUAUUCUUCGUCAUCGCGUCACUGUACAUUGAACCCUAUGGUUGCCCAUGGGCUCUGCGAGGGGAUGCGGCUAGUUCCUUCCUAGGCGUAUACCGGACUGGUGAUUUAGUGAGAUCCGAUCUGCGAGCGGAGCGACCGAUCAGCUGGACCAUAAAUAUCAGGUGUUUUUGCUCGCACAUACACACACACAUACGCGUACCCGCAUACAUUCUUUCUCUUUCUCUCGGUUUCUUCUUUCUCGAUUAGAAUGAGACCUUUGACUAGGGGCAGCCAGGGUCACAUUCGUCUUCUCGUUAGCGUUUCAUCUCUCCUCUCUUCUCGGAUUUCUUUCAAUUCUCGAAACGAGAUUCCCUUACAUUUGUCUUCUUGAUGUGCGCGCGAAAGAAAAUUAGCAUUCGCGACGUGCAAGUAUUUACGGCAUUAAUAAGUUUUUUAUUUUAAGUUUUCGUAGAUUUAUUUUUUAUGAGAAAAACUGUGCAAUUAAGCUUGCAAUAUUCUUUUCAUUGAUUUUUAUUGAUUGAUCAGUUUUGCUAUAUUUUUUUGUUAGCAAAAUGGAUAUACGAAUUACACAGAUGAAUGAAAAGAGUUUUACACACACACACACACACACACAUACACACUUAUAUACAAAUAUAGAUAACUUACGAUAGCUUUAUUUUAGUAUAAAUUACGGAUCAUGUUAAAAAAAAAAAAAAUAGAAUUGUCCUACGGCUUUACAAGCUAGUAAGACGGAGAAGAAAAACGGUAUUGAAGUAAAAAGACAAUAGUCGAAGAUACGAUUGCCAAAAGGAUGUGCCAAAUAUACCGUUUGCUUUUAAUUACGCGAUAACGGAAAAUAAUAUUAGUUUUGUAUUAUAUAUUUUACUUAAAACUAUAAUUUUUUUACGUUAUACAUAUUAUAUCUGUUGUACGCUAAUAUUUAUUUUACCACUCGCUUUUAACAAUUAAGUGAAAGCGAGAGAAUCUCGCACAGAGGGGAAACUCGAAAUUGUACGCGCGUAUAUAUAUAUAUGUAUAUAUAUAUAAGUUGGCGUCUUAAUUUCUUGAAAUUUCAGCAGCCCCCCCUCCUUAAACGCGCUUAUUUACCAAUUAUAGUUAUCGCGCCGCGCGAGGAGAAGACGCGAGGAAAGAGAGAGUCUAACGUUUGCGCCCCGUCGGAAAGCUUAACUGCACUUUUAUAGCGCUUCUCGACUUUAAACGGAUAAUUUUUAUCCGCU